UGGCUAUGAGAUACAUUUUCAGCCCAACUCAGCCGACGCAAUUAUUAGCAGCCUAACCCGCUUUACCAAUUACCACCCCCGAAUGCUAAAAUCCCCAAAUUUUUAGAAUCAAACAAAACUCUCAGUCCAAAGAACCCUAUGCAUUCACAAACCCUAACGUCAAUUCAAAUCGUUUGUUCGCAAUUCAAUCUCCAAGUGAUAAGUACAAUUUUCUCUCCCCAUUCACUCGCAUUGACUUUUGCUAGUUGAAGACCUUCAUUGGUGUCAAAUUCAGACCAGCUCAAUUUGUUGCAAAAUAUGAAGCUGUGGAUGUAAUUGACUUAUUGAUAUCAACAUUGAAAGUUUUGUUUCUUCCUGUGUUGGUUGGUGCAUUUCUUAAUCAAUAUUUCCAAUCUCUUGUUAAAUUUGGCAUGCAGACAUGGAAGACCAUGUUAGUAAUAUGUAUGAGGUGGUGAAUAUGCCAAUUGAUGGGGCAGCAAAUAAGUCUGAUGAUUGUAGUGAUGCAUUCAACACUACAGAGGUCUUUCCUUCCCGAGAAGCUAUGUUGAAUUGGGCUCGAGAUGUUGCAAAAGAGAAUGGAUUUGUUCUUAUUAUUUUGAGAUCAGAGACAUCUACAACUUGUACUAGAUCUACAAGAUGUAAUCAAAGAAAGACAUUUGUAAUUAUGGGCUGUGAUAGAAGUGGAAAAUAUAGAGGACCAUACAAGAAUGAAUUAUCCCGGAAGGUGAGUGGUACUAGAAAAUGUGAGUGUCCCUUCAAGCUAAAGGGAAAAGCUUUGAAAAAGGCUGAAGGAUGGAUUGUUAAGGUAAUGUGUGGUUGUCACAACCAUGACUUAGAGGAAACAUUAGUGGGUCAUCCAUAUGCUGGUCGGUUGAGUGCUGAAGAGAAGUCUUUGGUCGAUGCUUUGACAAAGAGCAUGAUGAAGCCAAAAGACAUUCUAUUGACAUUGAAAGAUCAUAACAUGGGUAACAUCACUACUAUCAAGCAGAUUUACAAUGCACGACAGGCUUAUCGAUCCUCUAAAAAGGGUUCAGAAAUGCAGCACCUGUUGAAAUUAUUGGAACAUGAUCGAUAUGUGUAUUGGCACAGAAAAGUGGAUGAUUCCGAUGCUAUUAGAGACAUAUUCUGGACACAUCCAGACGCCAUUAAACUUCUGGGUGCUUUCAACACUGUAUUGGUCAUUGAUAGUACUUAUAAAACCACUAGGUAUCAGUUACCACUACUUGAGAUCGUUGGAGUUACUUCAACCGAGUUAACAUUCUCUGCUGCAUUUGCUUUUGUGGAGUCUGAGCGAGCUGAAAAUUUUACUUGGGCACUAAAAAAAUUAAGAGGAUUGAUUGCCAAAGAUGAUGACAUGCCCCAAGUGAUUGUGACUGUUGGAGACAUUGCUCUGAUGAGUGCAGUGCAGGUGGUCUUUCCAAGCUCUUCUAAUUUGUUAUGUCGUUUUCAUAUCAACCAGAAUGUGAAGGCUAAAUGCAAGUCGAUAGUUCAUUUGAAGGAGAAACAAGAACUGAUGAUGGAUGCAUGGGAUGUUGUCGUGAAUUCUCCUAAUGAGGGUGAAUAUAUGCAGCGUCUGGCAUUUUUUGAAAAUGUUUGCUUAGAUUUUCCUAUUUUAUGUGAUUAUGUGAAAAAUACAUGGCUGAUUCCACACAAGGAAAAAUUUGUCACUGCAUGGACAAAUCAGGUGAUGCAUUUGGGUAACACAGCAACCAAUAGGGUUGAGGCGACACAUUGGAGAUUGAAGACUUUGCUUCAAGAUAGCAAGGAGGAUAUGUGUAGUUAUUGGGAUGCUAUGAAGAACAUCAUUACAUUGCAACACAAAGAGAUUGAGGCGUCAUUCGAGAAAAGCAUAAAUGUAGUGGAACACCGGCAUAAUACUCCAUUUUACAUCAAAUUGGUGGGAUUUGUAUCAAGGAGUGCAUUAAGUCAUAUAAUUGAUGAGUAUGAUCGAGUUAAGACUGCUGGUAUUGAUAGUUCUAUCUGUGGGUGCAUAGUUAGAACCACACAUGGUCUACCUUGUGCAUGUGAACUUGCUAGGUACAGUACGAUGUGUCACCCAAUUCCCUUGGAGGCGAUUCAUGUUCAUUGGAGGAAAUUAAAGUUUAGUGACCACGUAUCGAAUGAUGAGGGGACUGAGUUAUCAUUGCAACCUGAAAUUGGUGCUUUGUACAACCGAUUUCAGGAACUUGAUUAUGCUGGGAAAAUUAUACUAAUGGCUAAAUUGCAUGAAAUAGCAUUUCCUGUUAAAAUUUCCAAGUGUCCACCUCUUGAAGAGGUAGGGACAAAGCAUGCUCUAGAGGGUCCACGGUUGAAAAGUGAUGGAUCAACUAAAUUUGAUCCUUCGUAUUGGGAGCAUGUUCAUGCAUUGCACCCUACCCAUGAUAUCACAAAAUCUCUCCCUUCAUCUCAGAAACCAGUCCAUGAGUCUAAACGCAGGAGAGUUCUGCCAAUGAUGGACCAAUUUCCGGUUGAGAUCCAUCCAUUUAUUGAAGACAUUAUUGAUGUGAAAGGAGAUUCAAAUUGUGGUUAUCGUGCUGUUGCAGCUCAACUUGGUAUGGGUGAGGAAUCGUGGGCUCUAGUCCGUCAGGAUUUAAUUAGAGAGCUUCAACAGUGGCAAGAUAAUUAUGCCAAACUCUUUGGUAGCAAUGACCGAGUGGCUGAAUUGAGGCAAUCUUUGUAUGUUGGCAAGCAGGCAUCUGUUGCUAGUUGGAUGACCAUACCAGAUAUGGGCUAUGUAAUUGCCUCAAGAUAUAACGUGGUCCUGGUCACUUUAUCCUUACAAGAGUGCAUGACUUUUUUCCCUCUUAGAGGACGACCACCACUAUCUCAGUCAAGUUACCGUCUUAUUUCCAUUGGGUUUGUGCAUAAAUGUCACUUUGUACAGGUUGUUUUGAAGGCUGACUCAGUGUUACCUCCCACCGCUUUGCAGUGGUCAAGAUAUUGUAAUGCUGAAUCUCGUUCUUGGGAAACUUCAUAUGUUAGUCGUAUGCAACAAUUUAGGUCAUUGUUUCCACAAAAAGAAAUUGGUUAUGUAGACAUUAUUGAGGAUUAAUUAGUGCUGGACCCUCCAGGUCACAGACUACUUAAUAUUAUAAGGAGGGUUGCUAGGAUAUCUUUAGAAAUCCAAGGGUUUUGGUACAACUGUUUUUUGAACCAAUGGUUAAAUGAGUUUGAGCACACCAUGGAAGAGUGUCUCAAUGUAGAAGAAAACCCUUAAAUUUCCGAGGAUAUCAUAGAAUUUCGCACAAUACAGUGCGUGUAUUGAAUACUAAAGCAUCAAGUGCUGACUGUUAGGCACAAGCAAAAACUCCUGCAGAAGUACAAUAUAGAAGAAAAACAGGAUAAUUGAUAUAGCUCGGUGAUAACUUUUCAAGUCUUUUAAUUUAUUUUUGGAUCAGUAAUCUUUUAAUUUGUUUGUACUCUGGUGAUGGAUUACACUAUUACUAAUAUUUUUUCUAUGGCAUAUCUGCAGUGAACACACUUGCACAAAACAUUACCUGCCUUAUUGCCCUUUAGAGCUAGAGAGGAUUUGCAGAGUAUUCUUGAUGAUAUGACUUACUAGUUUUAUAAACUUGACAUUGAUUGGAUCAAUUUUAAUUUGUGUUGAA